UCUGCGGUGCCAGACAGUAGGCAGGUCGGGAGGCUCUCGCACGCGCUCCGGUCUUGUGUGCAGCCUGUUCGCAGACAUGGGUGCCCGGGGAGUGAGUCUGGUGGUCGCCGCCGCGCUGGUGGCCGCCGCCCUCAGCCCCGUCGUGAGACCCGAGCCGGAGCCCGCGCAGCAGCUCGCCUUCAAGGCGGGCGCCACGAAGAACACCAAGAACCCGUACUGCUCGAUCGCCUGCAGGAGCGGCCUGCCACACACGCUCUGCCAGUACUCGGCCGGGCCGCCCGCGAGCUGCAAGGACGGCCGCACCUGGCCGCUCACCGGCAACGAGCGCGCCGCCGUGCUGCACGCGCACAACCUGCUGAGGAACAAGAUGGCGUCCGGGGGCGUACCGCCCUUCCCCAGCGCCGCCAACAUGAGGCAAAUGGAGUGGGACUCGGAGCUGGAGCAGAUCGCCCAGCGCUGGGCCGACCAGUGCUCCUUCGCGCACGACCAGUGCCGAGACUCAGGCCGCUUCACGGUGGGCCAGAACGUGGCCAUCUACUUCUCGUCCGCCGCCAAGUUCCCGCCCAUCGAGUCGCGGGUGCACUCCUGGUACGACGAGAUCAAGGACUACACCUACCGCGACGGACCCUUCUCGUUCUCCUUCGCCACGGGCCACUUCAGCCAGGUCGUGUGGGGCGACACCAACCUGGUGGGCUGCGGCCGGGCGCGCUACGAAGAGAACGGCCUGCCCACGCAGCUGCUCGUCUGCAACUACGGCCCGGGAGGCAACGUGGAGACCGAGCCGCUGUACCGCGCGGGCGCGCCGUGCUCGGGCUGCGGCUCGGGCUGCUCCGCCACCUACCCGUCGCUGUGCGCGCCCGGCGCCCAGGGCUCCCCGCAGGGCUCCCCGCAGCAGGGCACCCAGGCUGCUGUGGCGCCCCUCGCCCUGCAGUUGUCCACUACCACCCCCGCGCCAGCCCCCGCCCCCACCACCGCCCCCGGCCCCGUCCUCGGGCUGAGGUCGUUCUUCGCCAACCCCACCGAGAACGCCAUCCUGCCGUCCUCGGUCAGCCCGGGCUUCUUCUUCGCCGGCUCCACCGCGAAGCCGUUCUCCACGUCCAAGCCCUUCCCCUCGCUCAAGCCCUUCCCCGCGGCCAAGCCCUUCUCGACGACACCCAGGCCAACGACUACGACACCGAGGCCCGCCCCUACCACGGCUCGUGCCGCCCCGCGCCCGGUGACGGCCGCGAGGGCACUCAGCACCACGAGGAGGCCGGUCGCGACCACCGCGAAGCCCACCACCGUCAAGCCCACCACGGCCAGGCCCACCACGGCCAGGCCCACCACGGCCAGGCCCACCACAGCUCCUCUGUCUGCUCGAGCGUUCGCCUCCACCACGCCGUCGCCGCGCAUCGCCUCCUCCACCGCCGCCCCCGAGGAGGCCGACUGCCCCGUCCCCAAGACCGUGGGCGCAGCUUGCAAGGAGUACCGCGCCGCGCCGCUGUCCGCCACCGAGCGGGAAGCCAUGCUGGACUACCACAACGCCAAGCGCAGCGCCCUCGCCGCCGGGGAGGUGCCCGGCUUCAAACCCGCGUCCGACAUGAAGCAGAUGGUACGUAUCUAUUGGGAGCGCACGAGCGGGGGGGGGGGGACGAGGAAUCAACUAACAAUUUACGCCGCAUUACCCUUCUAGAAUUAACCCUAGACA